AUGGCUCCUCAAAUUCUCUGGAUUGGCCUCGGGAACAUGGGCCGAGGCAUGGUGGAAAAUCUCGCACAGAAGGGUCAUCUAGAUAAGCCCUUGCUCAUCUACAACCGGACUCAGAAGCGCGCAGAUGACCUUAAUGCCAAGAUUGGCGGCAGCAAGACCGAGGUCGUCACCUCGGCAGUAGAUGGCGUCAAGCGCGCCGAUAUCAUCUUUACGAUGCUUAGCAACGACGCUGCGGUGGAGGAGAACUAUGACCAGAUCAUCGCCUCGGGCAGCAUCAAGGGCAAACUGUUCAUUGACAGCUCUACUAUUCACCCAGAUACCAGCGAGCGCGUAGGCAAAAAGGUCACAGAGGCCGGCGCUGAGUUCAUUGCCAGCCCCGUGUUCGGAGCGCCGGCUGCGGCGGACGCUGGACAGCUCAUCUUCGUGCCGGCGGGGCCGAAGACGGCAAUUGACAAGCUGCGCCCGUACAUGGUGGGCGUGAUGGGCAAGGCCGAGGUCCCACUGGAUGACCGACCGUAUGGAACGGCGUCAAAGCUCAAGCUGAUCGGCAACACGUUCAUUGUCAACAUGGUGACGCAGCUAGGUGAGGGGCUGACUGUGUCAGAAAAGUCCGGGGUCGGCGUCGAGCCGCUGAAGCAGAUCGUGGACGCCCUGUUUGGCGGCGUCUACUCGGCCUACGCGGGCCGGAUGAUCCAGGGCACGUACUGGAAGAUGGACGAGCCGCUGUUCUCGGCCGACAACGCCAUCAAGGACGCCAGCCAUGCGCAGAGCAUCGCCAAGGAGGCGGGCGUGGAGCUCGGGAAUGUGGCCAAUGGCAGGUCGUACCUGGAAGAGGUCAAGAAGGAGAAGGGCGGUGCGAAGGGCGAUAUAGCAGGCAUCUACGGCGCUGCGAGGAUGAGGGCUGGGCUAAAGUAUGAAAACGAUGCCUAG